ACGGUACUACCCUGUUUGAAUGUGCCCAUGAGUUUUGAUGGAUAGUGCGUAUGGGCACGUAAUUACUCGAAUUUACCCUGCACCUACUUAUAAUAUGUUAGAAGCUGUCAAGUACUCCCCAUAAUUCUUUGCUCCAUUUAUCGCCCGAAUACCAAUUUCCAAUUGGUACAAACCAUCAAGGGCUGCCCCCGGGGGCACACUCAAACAGGGGUAGUACUGUACCAUAGUAGAUUCCCAUUUCGUAUCGUACUUGCGAUCGCAUUGAAUCGCACUUUGGCAAGCUCUGUUGGGGGGUUCCAUUCUGCUAACUGUAUGUACAGUAACUAAGAAUACCACGAGCGGUGGGGUCAUGAAGCCGCCCUCGGCCACUUUUGAGGAAUGGAACUAACUCCUCGCAUCACAUUUCUUUCCCACCUCCCCUCCCUCCGCCCACUCCCCUUCCCUUCAAUGCUCCACAGCCACUCUCAGCUAUUCACUGAAGCCGGUACCGCCCGAGCUUUUUGGGACGCUUCAAACCCAAUCCAUCGAGAGAAAGCAUGAUGUGAUGCGCCUCAGCUGGACUGUGCGAUGACCGUCCAAUGUCCUCCAGAGGCGCUCGGCGCCGCCGCCGGCGUCCUCGUAUACACCUUUAUCUGCCUCUGCUGUAGUAUAGGGAUGUUCUUUCUGAUGUGGGUACAGCAUGAGCGGACGAGCUACAUUAUCAUCAUGUCCGUCACGACUGCUGUUGCCAGCAUCGCCUCCAUAGCACAGCAGGUGCACACUAUGAUUAGUUGGCGAGACAUAAAAAUUGCACAGUUUAUCCGAGAGGAAACAGAGACCGGAAACCCAGAGCUUUCGGUGACGGGCUCUGCCGAAGGCCUCGACCUAAUAUUAUUCUAUAUCCAAUUCUUUUGCUAUAAUGCCGAAGCAAUCUUGCUUCUUUGUUGGGCGGCGGAGUUGACGCAGUCAGUCUUCAAAGUCAGCUGGACGAGGAUGCAGCGGCGAAAAGGCUCUCUGGUGGCCAAGGCCAAUGCCAUGAUACUCCCGGCAGUCCAGAUAGUUCUCCUCCGGGCCGACACCGUCCAGCACCAGAAGGUGGUCUUUUACUUGGUCGCAAGCAUCAUUAUGGCGACAAGUCUCUCCCUCGGCGCGGUCUUACUGGCGAUAAUCCUGGUGAAAUAUGUACACACCAAGAUCUCAUCACAGGACUGGCGUGUCGGGUACGCAGGCCUGUCCAGCAACUCGUCAAAAGACGACCUCAUCAAGCUGGACCCUAUUGUGCAAAAACACAGCACAUAUGACCGCUGGCUCGUGGUCCGCUUCAGCAUAGCAUUCUUGGCUUCGGGCGCAUUCGAGUUUGUCACCAUCAUGUUCCAAACCAACUGGGCAGCCCGCAUCGCCGUGAGCCACGAAAAUGUGGAAGCAGACCUGAGUCCCGACAAGGCAAAGAUCGACUUUUACCUCUUCAUCCCCGGAGUCUCGGCCGGCCUCCUCCUGUUCGUCGUCUUUGGGACGACCAAGGUCUCGCGAGACUUUAUGUGGGAGAACCUGGCGCCGCGUUGGCUCAAGAGGAAGAGGACCGAGCGCGCUGAGAGGCUGCCGUCCAUGGUGAUGCCACCCGGCCCUUUGCGGCUGCUGAGUCGGAGGUCAACCCGGAGAACGAGGGCGCAGACCGCGAGGGAUCGACACUACGCAAAUAUGCCUCGGCUGCCGCCGAUCGCGGCGGGUUCGGACAUGGCCAACUUGUCGACGGAUUUGGAUAGGAUCUAUUCUCAAGGGAGGGACGAGAAAGAGUCGGUACACCUCAACAAGAACCGACGAAGCCUAACUUUAUAACAUAUUUAUCAGCUUGGCCGGUAGAGGAGCUGUGCUUCUGGCCAUAUAUUAUUUUGAUCUGGUUCAGCGAUUUAGGCGCUAUGGCAUAUAAUACGGUAUUUUCGGGAAGGGAAAAUGUGGGAAAUGGUAUUGUCUUGGUCAUGUAUGGUAUCUUGGGCAUGUAUGGUACAAAAAGAGUUUGUAUGGUAUUUCAUGUGGUAUAAUGCCUCGCGGCGCUCUCUACGUAUUCUUGUAGAAUCAUUUCAUUAUUUCCAUCGUCUGAAUCGAAUCCAAUGCCC